UUCGUUUUGCCAGAUCCCGAGCCUUUUCCCAGAAAUGCCUGUCUUUAAAGUAGUCACCGCGGUAGCGAUGAGAGCGCUGCUGGUACGCAACGUUUCCUUACUGUGCGACUGAACGACUGAGCGACUGUGCGACUGAGAGACGGAGGGACUGAGCGACUGAGCGACUGUGCGACUGUGCGACUGAGUGACCGAGCGACCCAGCGACCCAGCGACUAAAACGACCGAGCGACGGAGAUACUGCGUCAUAAGUGGGGCUGAUCGAUCACGACCAUGGCGCGAACCAGAUUCGCCUCGACCCUCCCGUCGGCCCUCCCUUCAGGCCUCUCUUGGGCCGCCCUUCCCUGCUGCUCCGUCUCUUCGUCGCGGCGUCCCCGCUACUACCGGAGGCAUAUCUCGUGGAGGGCGAUCGCGUGGAGGGCGAUCGCGUGAAGGGCGAUCGCGUGGAGGGCGAUCGCGUGAAGGGCGAUCUCGUGGAGGGAUCGCGUGGAGGGCGAUCGCGUGGCACAAUUCCCGACUGCCGCUCACCGGGCGGCGGCGGCGACCCAAGAAAAACCCCGGGACCCCUGCGUGGGCCAUCCUCUCGCCCUCCUUUGCCUCCUCCUGCUGCUCCUUCCCUCCGUCGCGGCGUCCCCGCUACCGUUGGGCUAUCGCGUGGAGGAGUACCCCGACUGCCCGCUCACCGGGCGGCAACCCGAAUAUAUCGCGGCUUUUCCGGCCGUC